CUGUUCGUCCCUCCGACGUUCCCUUCGCUUCAUCUCCUGCUUCUCGCUGCAUCCUUAUUUCCCUGCCUGCAUCUCCUACCCUCCUUACACUCACCCCCUCCCUCUCUUUCGCUCCGCUCUCCUUUCCUUCUCCCUUCCUCUCUCGUUGCCCCCGUCUGUUUGCUUGCUUGCCAUCCCUCCGUUCUCCGUCAACAAACACUCAUCCCCGAUCCCGCACCAACUGCCCAUUCUUUGCCAUCCCCAUUUCCCAUCUAUCUCGAUAUAACGCCGUUCACGACCCAAAAUCCAAAAGCAAUUGCAGACCUUCACUUACCCCCCUUCGCGGCACACCGCCUGAGCCAUGUUCCGCAGAAAGAGGAGCUCCUCGCAACAUCAGCAUCCACUCUCUGCCUCCUCGUCGCAAUCAGCUCAAUCCGCCGCCAGUCAUGCCUUUCUUAAAUCCCAACCCUCCUCCAGCAGCCUGUCCUCCGCCGCCGCAGCCGCCGCCCUGCGCAGUCUCACUCCGACCCCGACCUCCGUUGAAAAUGUCCAGACAAAGCGCAUGAUGCAGCGCAGGGCCUCCGUCUCGUCCCAGGCAAGCGGGGUGCCCAGUCUGCGUCCGACAAGCCGGAAUGGCCUCCGCCGCGCCAACAGUUCCGCCUCCAUGUCCACCCGCACGUUCCGGGACCAGUCGCCGCGACGCCCGGCAUCCAGUUCCGGCCCAGUCGAUGUCGCCCCGCCGCUCCCUUCCAUCCCCCGAGAGUACACCGCGCGCAACACUAAGGGUCAGCGUUCGACCAGCGUCGGACCGGCCCAGCGACCCAGUCCCCGUGCGAAGCCCGCGGCGGGGCGAGGAAUGAGCGUCGACCGCGGCUCUGCCACCCGGCCUGCCCCUCGUGCCACGCCUUCGCCAGACCUUCGACGACCAGGGAGCCGGAACUCCGUCAAUUUCUCAUACCCGAUGAACUCACGGCCAAAUUCCCCCGAUGGGCCCGCCAAUGCGCUGGAUAGACGGGACGCGUCCGCCAGCAUUCCUGGCCGCGGCGCACAGUCGGUGGGCACCGCCGUCGCCGCAGCCCAGGCCGCUAUUGUCCCGCGGAUGCAAGACAUCACUCAAAUCCAUACUCCACCCGCAGCCCCUCGCAUUCCGGUCCCUCGCGAGCAGACGAUUCCCGACCAGGUUCAUAGCCAGCCAGCCGCACCGCCCGAACAAAAACAGCCUGCUCGCCCGCAUCUAGUGAAACGGCCUUCCACGGUUCCCGAAGACGCGCAGGGCGAGAAACGCGCGGAGUCUGAUGCCCCUGGACAGCGAACCGUUCCACCUCGGGUUGGCAGUGUGACGCCAGAUGCUCCAGUGGCGAUCAAAUUCCCACCCACUCCCGACACAGGCAAGGAUCAAUUGUUGAGUCCGCCGGUAAGUCCCCCCGAGCCGACUCCAUCCACUGAUGUUGGCCGGGACAACAAGCCGUCGAACGUCCCCCAGUCGGGUAGUCCCGGGCGAUCAGCGCACUUCUCGCGUCACUUGCUGGUGGCGGCUUUUGCAGGCGAGCAUCUGCACCAACCGCCCCCUCGGUCCCUGUCACCAGCCAAGUCAGCGAUGAAGAAUUCGCGAAAGAGCUCCCUUUCUCCGGAGGGCCGAACGGAAUCUGUUCUGCGGCCAGGACCGCCGUUGAGCGAACUUUCCGAUGGGACCUCCGUUGCCUCCGAUGAAGGGACCAAGCAAGGGAUCCGGAGGAAGCCCAUCAAGGUCAGUUUUGAUGACGAGGCGGAAGUGGUCGGGAUUGCUGCGAGUCCGCCCACUUCGCCCGAUGAAGUGAUUCCUGAGUCACUUCCGGAGUUGCCCAAGUCCAAGUCCAGUUGGUUCAGUGGGAAGAGGAAACCCACUCCGCUGAAUACCGAGUUUGACGAAGUGCUGAAGCCCCGGCGGGCUCUUCCAUCGUUUGGUAGCAUCCGAGCUGGUAGGGAUGGGGACGUCCAAGAGAAAGCCGUCCCUGAACUGAGCGACAACGAGUCGACGACGUCGUCCGACUCGCCUGCGGAAGCACUCCGGUGGUCGUUCUCCAAUGAUCACGCCAUCGGGGGCCUUCUCUCCGAUAAUCAAUCGAAGGAAUCCGAGCAGCGCGUGGCACCGCUGAUGCUUGCGAACGCAGCCGAAAGCGAGUCCGAGGCCGAGAAGUCGCCGCAGCAGAGUCAUUUCACUGGGCGAUCAGAUCUGGCCGAAGCGCCAGGAGGACCGGCCGCUGCCUUGGAGGUCUCCUCCCAUGCCGAGCAGGGGCGCACAGCGGAGACGACUCUGGCCGUGCCCAACAUUAUGGUCCAGCCGGCAUCCCCCGAUCCAUCCAAGGCCCGGUCGAGUCUCGAGUGGUAUGAAGUUCCCGGCGGCUUUCCACGAUCGUCGCUGGAGUUUGACCGCAAGGCUCAUGGUAAGAUGAAGGCAAAGGAGAAGUCCACCCGCCACGCAGCCGGCGAUGCUGCCUUGGGCCCUGUCGACGACGAGGCGAGUGGUGAUGAGUCAGGCGACAGUAUCUACAGUGAUGCUGAAGAGGGGGUCGAAGGGAACGGUUACGGCUCUAUCAAUGCCAUUGUCGACGAUGAAACCGCAGCCGAUCCAGGAGCUCAUACAGCUGCAGUUCCGGCUCCGCCUGCAGAGACCGGGGGUAUUGAAGAAAAACCCCCGCCAUCAUCUACCGACUGGCCGAGCAUCCCCGACACUUGUCAGAUUGCCCGGGCAGGGUCAGCCUUGCCAGAUAAGGGUAUGGCGCCCAUACCCGAGUCACCAGGGUCUUCCCAUGAACCUCUUUCGUUCUCAUCGCCAUACCCCCCAUUUCCCACCCAGUCACAGAGCCGGAGGAGCUCUUCUCAAGGGGAUCUCUCUCGCUCCUCGUCUGUGACCGUGAGACCAGCUAGACACUCCAUGCUAGUCGGGGCCAGUAACAGCCCCAGCCUGGGCGACCAGGACCUGCGCGGUGUGGACGGUGUAAAUGGUUCCUUGUCGCCACAGCCCGAGGCAAAUAACCUACGCCAACGGCCCCCUCAGGACAGUAUACGAAAGAGGCCGGUCUCAUGGAGCCCAGCCGCCAUGAAAGGACCCUCUUCUGACGUGAAUCGGGUGUCGUAUGUCAACGGCAAGAACGCGCCGGCUUCCCCGAGGCCCCUAUCCAGCGGCAGCGACUCCUCCAGCAGCUUCAAACGGGCUAGUCGCCCCGCCCGAGCGGACUCGAGCUAUACCAUGCGACGAACCAUGCGUGGAAACACCCCGAGCCGCCUGGCUCCGAACAGAGCGACGUCCCCGCCGGUUGAGACUCGCCCGGUGUCUUCUGAAGCUGGACCUAGUACCAUGCGCACGACGCUCCGAGGCAAUAGUUCCAAGCGGGAAAAGCCUUCGUUCUUCUCCAACAGCAAAGCCCCAAAAUCCAAGUUGACGAAAGCACCCGGCGGGGUCUUCGCGUCGCGCUUUCCAGACUCGGACUCGGACGAUGAGGGGUAUGAGGCCUGGAGGUCACGACAUCGUUACGAGGAUUCGAGCGAUGAUGACACACGGGGUCCGAACACCAUGCGACCCGUCCGGGGCAUUCCCCGUCGACAGGGGGCACGCGACGGUGACUCGACCGAGCUGGAAGACAGUUCCGACGACGAGCACCGUGCACCCCCGCGAGCCAUGCCACAGUCCCCCGGCAAGUCGAACCCAUCGCGGGACCCUGCACUAGCGGCCGUCGCUAAAAAUCGCGGCAUGACGGAGGAUGAGCUUGACGAAUUCCUCCGCCAGCCUGACCGGGGUCGGAAGCCUGGGCUGUUGCAUCGAUUUAGUCUUCGAAAGUCGAGGUCGCCCGUCAAUCGUGUCCAAGCCAAAGCCAGCCUAGAUGGAUCCGUGCGAAACGGGGCCCUUCCAGAGCGCGCGCGGCUGGACCAGGAACCAGCACGAGGGGACCCUGCAUUGCCGGGCCCUCAAUCGAAUAUUGUCACGACCAUCACGGCGACGAAUCCGCCCCCACCUCCCUCCAAGCUUCUACGACGGCCUUCGCAGAGGUCUUCCCGAGGCGACAGCUGGCCACUGCGCUCUGAUCGCAAAGAGUCUCGGGCAGACUCACCCGCUCCCGCGAGUGGUCCAUCUGAGCGACUGGCCACGGUCGAGGAGGCCAGUCUGAACGGCAGUACGGUUGUACCCCCUGCGCCGGAACCCGCCGCUAAAGAGAACGAGAACCCUUCGACUGGAGUGUCGGGGGUGAAGUUUGAGGGGCGACCGGCGAACGUGGCCGAUGUGGCGAUAUCGUCGUCCGGCCGCAAGAAACGAUUCCCUCGACUCCGCAAGGCCUUUGGGCUGCGGAGCUGA